AUGCCGCACACAAAGAACACGCGCUUUAACUUGGCUAAAUUCAUGAAAGCUGGCAAGGUUGCAAGGGAGAAAGCUGUUGAUGAAAAUCACAAGCUAUCGGCAGAGUACAAAAAAGUCCAGCGAGCCCAAGAAAAGGUGAGUUAAAUUUGUCCAGUAUUAAUGUUUUGGGAAGAUUUUUAUUUUCAAUUUCAGAGAAUAUUGUAACAAAGGAUUAUAGGAAAGUGGUGGAGGUCCAUGUCUAGGGAGGCUUGAAUUUCAAUUUUGACAGGGUAAAGAAAUUCAAAAUAAUAAUAAUGAUAAUAAUAAUAAUAAUAACAAUUAUUAUUAUUGUUGUAGUUUAUUAUUAUUAUUAUUAUUAUUAUUAUUAUUUUAAUAAGAAUUAUUUUUAUUAUGAACUGGGUAAUCAUGGUUUGUUUAAACCCCGCUGUACUUCUCAGCACAAACACUUGUUAAUAUCCCCCCACAAGCUUUUUAUGUGUUUAAACUCUAAAUGACACUUAAAAUUAACCAAUCAGUGCUUAUGAAAUCACUUGUAUAAUAAUUGCUUUCAGUUGGCCACAGUCAGGGAACACUUCAAAGACAUAACAAAUGAAUUAGAAAAUAUUCCUGUGAGUAUACUCUUGAUUCUUUAUUGUGGUUGUUUUACCAGUACCAGUAAGUAUGCAGCAAAAAACUGCUGGGCGCAACCCCCAGCUAAGUCUCUAGGUUUGCAUUGAUUAGUGGUUGGAUGAGGUUUAAUUUUAUGCCAAAUUUUAUUAAUAAUGUGAACAGAAAAAUAUUCAAUUUUGUAAAAAUAAAAAAAAAUAUUUUGCAAGUUCAAUUUCGGUGAACCAACCACUUAACACAGAGCCAGUGCCAGAAUGACAGCCAUGGUCAGGCUUCUAUGCCGGUACCUAUGCAAGAAACCUGAGCGAGUGCCUGUGUUCAUUUGGUUAGUAAAGACUGUCAUAAAUGGCAGUGUCUCUAAAUUAUUACCACACUCUUAAUUCUUUAUUAUGGUUGUUUUAGCAGUAAGUAUGCAGCAAAAACUGCUGAGCACAACCUCCAACUAAGUCUGUAGGUUUGCACUGAUUAGUGGUUGGAUGAUGUUUAAUUUUAUGCCAAAUUUUAUUAACAAUAUGAACAGAAAAAUAUUCUCACUGAAUAAUGAAUUAACGCAUCGCCAAACGACCAGUAAAAUACUCCGCCGUCUUUUGGGACGCAUCAAUACACUGCGGGCUCCCCUGAUAAAUAGAAUACACCACGUGGCUUUGAUUUCACUGUGUCACAGCGCCGACCGCCGAGACGACUUAUCGAGGUUCGCUUGUAUCGGUUUGUCAACCAACACCAGCCCGCCUUCGUUUCCUUGUACUUUCCGCUAGCGUCAAACCGUCUUUUCUUCGACUACAUGGCGGAACCAGCGGGAGAAUUACCGCCUUUACCUCCGGUGGCGGCAGAACCGCCUGCUAACCCAGAACAUCCCGCAGAACCUCCUGCAGGACCUCUCGCAGAAGCUCUCGCAGAACCGGCGGCGCAACCCGCGGCUGCUAAUCAGGUAAUUUCUAGUUCUGGUGCUUUUCGUUCGCUUUUAGCUUUAGCUGCCCGUUUGUGCGCAUUUCGUGUUUUUUCUCCAACGUUUCUAGUACUUUGUUUAGCAUAUUUAACGUUCCACGUGUCUCUAGGGCAUAUUUUUGUUUUUCUCUUCGCUUUUGUUAGCGUUGUUCGUAUAUGUAUUUCAUUUUACUCGGUCCUUUUGUUUCGGCUUGUUUGUGUCUCAUUUGGCUCCGGGAGCCGAUUUUUUGUUUGGGACGAAAUAUUUUUGUUUUGUAUGUUCGGUUUUGUCCAAGACACGAGUUAUUGCGUUUGCUGUCCGGGACCGCUCGGCUCUGGGGCCGGCUUUCGUUUCGGAACGAAUUGCUUUAUAUACGGUCCGGGACCGUUCGGCUCCGGAGCCGGGUUUUUGUUUAAACCAAGUAUUUGGUGUAUGCGGUCCGGGACCGUUUAGCUCCCGGAGCCGGGUUUUGUUCAAAACCAAGUAUUUAGUGUAUGCGGUCCGGGACCGCCGGCUCUGGAGCCGGCUUUCGUUCGAACGAAUUGUUUUAUAUACGGUCCGGGACCGUUCGGCUCGGGAGCCGGGUUUUGUUUAAAACCACGAUUUAGUGUAUGCAGUCCGGGAACGUUUGGCUCUGGGAGCCUGUUUUUAUUUAGAAAGAAUUUUUGUUGGUCGGCUCAGGGAGCCGGUUCUUUUUCUUUUGUUUGGAGUGAGAUAUUAUUGUGUAUGCGGUCCGGGACCGCCCGGCUCCGGGAGCCGUUUUGUUUGGGGUGACAUGUUUAUUGUGUUUGCGGGCUAGGUCCGCUCGGCUCCGGGCGCCUGUAUUGGUCAUAUAUGCGGUCCGGGACCGUUUUGCUCUGGCAGCCGGUUUUAUUUGCCAAUGAUUUUUGUUAUACGGCCUAACCGUCCAUUUUGGAUCUGGCAUAUCCUCGUUUCGGGAUCUUUCGGUUCUGCCUUGGGACCGAAAUUAAUAACAUAUAAAUGUUUUACAGACGUUAAUAUAUACUUCAUAUUUUGCGUCACUCUUAGGCGGACGAUCGAAUUAAGCUUCUUGAAGACAAAUUGAAAGCUUUGGAGGAGAAGCAGGGCGUUGACGUGGUCACCACUGCUCUUACUUCUGUUCGCAACGCUCUUCAGAAGCCGGAAGCUGUUUAUGACCCUUGGGAGGCUUCUGCUCACGUCCGAGGCCCUGGUACGGGCAGCCAGGUCGUCCGCCCACGAAAAGGCAGACUACUAUUACGGCCAUUUUGGAUGAAUUAAAAGGAAGAUCUAAUGCCCUCUCCCCUCUGCCCAUAAACGGCUGCUCAUGGGCCUCUUAGGCGAUCCGGUUAGAGCCAAGGUUGCAAAGGAGUCCUCUGCGCUUCUCAAGACUAUCCAGCGUGAAGAGCCUGGGUUUCAAGGUCGUAAUAGUACUCGCCAGUUUAGGCGCCAACGCCCUUGUGUCUACAGUUCGGUUAAUUGUUACAGAUGUGGUCUACCAGGGCAUUUCGCCAGAGAUCGUGGCACGGACGCCGCCGCUGAAAUUUAGGCGUUAGCAUCAUGUAAAUAUUGUAAGGGUAUGGGAUAUGUUUUUCCUAUAUUAUCCUUGUUUAUUGGCUGGAAUAAAGAUUUUUUCCCCUAGUUAUUAGCGUCCUAGUUUUUUUUUUUUUUUUUUUUUUUUUUUUCUGGUUUUUCGCCUCAUUUCUUCGUUGACCCUGGGGGCCUUCUCAGCGCCUUUAUUCUGGUCUAUGAUCAGAGCUGGGGUCAGCGAAGGAUAGAUCCCACCUUCUUUUCUUCCUCUUCUUAUUUUUGUAUUUUCGUUCUCCGUUUUCCCAGGAUUUCGCGGUUGCACUACGGGCAAUCCUUGCGCUCGAGCCGUGACGUCAAAUGGUGUGACAUAAACGGGGAACCCUUAUCCUUCGUUGGCCCCACCGUACCGGCGGAGCUUGUUAGUAAAGAUCCAUCCCUUGCAGACCUGGCCCAAUUGCGUUUUAGACACCCAGAUUAUUUACAAGCGGGCAGCUUACAUAAUCAUGUUGACUUCUGGGAGGAUCUCUUUUCUUCAGCCGGUUACACUUGUCCUCAAGUUGAUUUGCCACAGAUAAUCCGAGAGGGAGUGAGGGUCGAUAGUUUCUUCUGUCAUUUCAAGGGCAACUUCAAAGGGAAAGUUAUGAUUCCGCUGUACCGCCGAUUUCUAUUUUCCCGAACUCUCCUUGUUGCCAUCAAUUUACCGAUUUCAUUGACACUACAGUCUUAGCCUGGGUCUCUCAGGGUGUUAUCAAAGUCUACGGCAAGAUUGGCGAAUGCUCCCCUCCUCAUUUAGUCCUCCCCUUGACAGUCGAACCAUCUAAGCCGCGUUUAUGUCACGACGAGCGCUUUCUUAAUUUAUGGAUUCAAGAUCUCCCUUUCAAGUUAGACCACCUCCCAGACCUGCCUCGUUAUGUCCUCCCAGGGCAUUUCCAGACAACAUUUGAUGAUAAGAAUGGAUACCAACACCUCAAGAUUCACCCGGACUCCCAGGAAUUCUUCAGUUUUUCCUGGAGGGCUAUUAUUUUUCUUUCUGCACCUUACCUUUCGGGUGGAAAGCAAGUGCCUUUUUAUAUCAUAACGUUGGCCUUGUCGUCACCAGUGCCGCGCGGUCUUUGGGCGUACCUGUUUCGCAGUAUAUUGAUGACAGACAUGUGGGCCAGUUAUUCCUAUCCGUCCACUGGUUUGCCAGCCUAGUCGCCAACUUCCUUACGAGCAGCAGCCUUUUUUUUGUUAUUCCUUUUGAUCUCAGCGGGUAUUUUGUUAACCUUGCAAAGAGCUCUCCACAGCCAUCCACUUUUGUUAAAUUCCUGGGUUUCAUCUCCGAUUCUGUCUUGCAAGCUUUUUUAGUCCCACUGGAUAAAAAGGAGAAAUUUAAAGCGUUAUGACGAACUCCUGGAAUCAUCUUUUUGCACCCGUAAAAAGAGCUUGCAGCGUUUUCGCGGGAAAAGGCGCUAUCGUUUAGUCUCGCAAUCCCGGCUUGUAAGCUGUAUGUGUGGGAGGUAUUCAAGGCUAUCAGCGCUGUUGCCAAGAAUUGAAGCUCUCUGUUCCAAUCCUGGGACCUUUUGCGACAGGAACUUCAGGAAUGGAUUUUCUUGGACAAUUGGUCUGGUCACUUACCUUGGCGGUCGGAACAUCAUCUCUCUGUCACAAUGUUCAGUGAUGCCUCCCAGAGGGCCUGGGGAGCAGUCUUGGUUAAAGAUGGCCUCGCGCCAGCAAAUACGAGAUUAUUGGAUCGACCUUGAAGGUGAUAUCAAUACCCUUGAGGCCAGGGCUUUAUGUAACGCUUUGAGCUCUUUUUUCCUUCUAUCAGAAACGCAAGAAUCGAUGUGUGGACAGACAACGCGACUCUCCGAGCAGCCUGGGAAAAUGGCGGUUGUAGGAGUUCUCUGGUGAAUCAGGAGUUGAAAAAAAUAGAAGAAAUGUCUCGAGCAGGAAACUUUGUUUUGCAUUUGAAAUAUGUCCCAUCGAGUGAAAACAUUGCUGACGCGCCCUCCCGUGCUCUGACUGACAUUGAUUGUUCCUUGUCCGAGGAGGCGUGGGCCCGAGUUCAAGCGCGGUUUGGACCACACACAUUUGACUCGAUGUCUUUGGACAGCAACUGUCGCAGAGGAAGGGAUGGGAGCUUUUUGCCUCAUUACUCGCCUUGACCGACUCCGUAUUCUCUGGGCGUUAAUGUUUUCGCACAACCGAUACCAAUCGAACAUAACGUCUAUGUCUUUCCCCCUUUCGUUCUCGUGGGACCGUUGCUGCGGUACUUUUUUGUUCAACGCCAGCGUUUCGCUUUUACCAUCGUUGUCCCUCGUUUCCGCCCGCAUCGCUAUUGGUGGGCAAUACUCCAAGCAAUGGCAGUAGAUUCUUUUCUUCUUGGGCGGAAAGGUGACCCGGCCGUGUUGCUUUUCCCUUCCGCACCUCCCGAUUUCAUUGCUAGGCCCUUGCCUUGGGAUCUGUGGGUUUUCGUUGUGUCUGCUCCUGCUAAGCUAGGUAUUUAUGCUUGUCUCUAUAGAUCGAACGCCCAUGGAAGCCUGCCUGCCAAUGUCCCGCCUGCUCUUAUCCAAACGACAGUGACGCGAACUUUUGCCAGGCCUGCGGUAAACCCCUGUCGCGUGAGCCACCGCAAGGGACCCGUCCACAUGCGGACAUGCCUUUGAUCAACAAGCGCUUUACAGAGUUCCAAGAAUCGUAUAGGAGCAAACCUUAUGAACGGCAAAAGGACUCUUUAGAAGUUCAGCUGUCGAGUUUCUUGUGCUCUCUUGUACCCCCGAAGAAAGUUUCUGCUGCAACUGCGGAAGACAUCGUAAAGUUUUUGAUUAGCAAGGAUGCUGCGGGAAAACAGAAACUCCAUGUGCGCUCUUGCUCUAGUAAGACCUGUAGUUGCCCUAAGUGUCUAGCGGCCGGAACUGUCGAUUCAUAUAUAGGGAAACUUAGAGCCAUUUUCAAUAGGUUAGGCCGUACAGGGUUUUCUAACCCGUUGGCACAUUCUUGUGUUAAGGAAUAUCUUAAGUUUGUAAGAGAGGAGCAAGCCCAGCAACCUUUGCCCCCUCGUCAGGCUGUCCCUUUGUGCUAUGACAAAUUCACCCGUUUAAUUGCCUAUCUUCGCGGGCUUAUUGCCGAAGGCUCUGCGCUUUCUCCUCUUAAUAGAUACCUCCUGGUCAGGGAUAUAACAUUCUUUGUUAUUGACUUUUACACUGGUGAUAGAGCAUCCGAUUUGGGCCGUUUGAAGGCAGAUCAGCUUUUUCGCCUUAAGGAUAGGGAGGGGUUCCUUCUCAACUUUACGUUUAGUAAAACGAGGCGUGCAGGUCAGUUUCGCCCUUUUGCUCUGUUACGUAUUCCAAAUGUACCUGUCUGCCCGGUUUUUUGGUUGAACUAUUAUAUUGCCGCGUGUGGGGCAUUAGGUGUCCCUCUUCAUGGUGAGUACCUCUUUAGGUCUUCGGAGCAUAAAAAGUUUGUGUCACAUCGUCCGUUCGGAGGGUCAGCCGUAUCUGCACGGCUCCAAAAGUAUCUUAAGGCUGCCAACAUUAAUGACGGAGAGACCCUCACAGCUUUCGUGUAGGAAUUUCAUACACCCUCAAGGGUUUGGGAUGUACUCGGAGCAGAUUGCUCAGUACGUGGGUUGGCGGAGCACAGAAAUGGCUUUGUAUUACACGCACCGCCCCAGUGCUUCUGCCCGUUGCAGUUGUUAGAACGGGUUACGCUCAAUCUUACUUCUCACGAGCUCUCCGCCUGCCCUGCAACUUUCCCACCAAGGAAAUUUGCAGAGAAUUUCGUAUAGUUGAAUUAAUACAUCUUUCAUGACUAAGGGACAUUCAUCCCAGUACUCUCCGGUGGUUAUUAGUUUGUUGUCAGUUAAUAAAUCUUUAUUGAGUUAUGGAGUAUUGGGUGUUGAGUGUUGGGUAUUGAAAUUAUAAGGUCGAUGUGUUUUGGGGGGAGGGUCGGAGACCUAGGUUAUAGCAGGCUGCCUCAGGGAAUGGCAAGGAGCGGAUCUCUCUCCCAUAACUUAGUUUCGCGAUGUGUCAAGUGGUAGACAGUGAGGAUAUAGUACUAUUCUCCCUGAAUAAUGAAUUAACGCAUCGCCAAACGACCAGUAAAAUACUCCGCCGUCCUUUGGGACGCAUCAAUGCACUGCGGGCUCCCCUGAUAAAUAGAAUACACCACGUGGCUUUGAUUUCACUGUGUCACAGCGCCGAACGCCGAGACGACUUAUCAAGGUUCGCCCCACCCUCCUCCCCUGGUGUUGGUUGACAACUCCUCACAUAUCGUGAUCUAUUCUUGCUGUCUACCUCUUUCCACAACAAUCCGCGGAUCUCUCUCCCAUAACUUAGUUUCGCGAUGUGUUAAGUGGUAGACAGUGAGGAUAUAGUACUAUUCAAUUUUGUAAAAAUAAAAAUAAAAAAUAUUUUGCAAGUUUAAUUUCGGUGAACUGGCCACUUAACACAAAGCCAGUGCCAGAAUGACAGCCAUGGUCAGGCUUCUAUGCCGGUACCUAUGCAAGAAACCUGAGCGAGUGCCUGUGUUCAUUUGGUCAGUAAAGACUGUCAUAAAUGACAGUGUCUCUAAAUUGUUAACAUCAACAUAUUGAAUGUAAGAUUUGGCUAAAUAUCUAUUUUGUUAUCAUCCAACCACAUCUAAUUUAAAUAAUUGUGUUACUACCCAGUGUCUAAUUUAGCAAUAUUUUAGUCACAGGGACAGGUAUCUCAGGCACGAACAAGAAGCCCUACUGCACUUGUCAAUGGAGAAUCAACACUGGGACCAAGGACCGCAAGAAAAAGGAGGCAUGAAACCAUUGAAGCUGCUGCCAAAAUUCAUGGGAGCUCAAAUGAACAUUCCUCAGCCUGUUCCGAGGGAAUGUUUGACACUCUGCAAAAGAGAUGCACGUUAGAUAAGUUAACAAAAUAUGUGACAGAGAACAAGCAGUUGACCAAUAGAAUAGUUUGUAAAGAGUAUAAGAAGAGUGUGUUAGAAUUUGAAAAGUCAGAUGACAACAUUGUUCGAAGUAUUGCAACAUAUUAUGCAAGUGGUGUAAUGGGGAAACGAAGGUACAAAAGUGUAAGACUGGUGCUUUCAAUGAAAUCAAAUGAAGGCAAACCAGGGAAAAGAACAAGUAUUUCAAUUUGUAAAGGCUGUAAGGUUCCAAAGCUUUUAACUUAUAGUAACCUUGUAGAACAGUUAAAAAAGAUUGACAUUGGGACUGUUCAUGAAAUUGACCCAGACUAUCUAGAGGGCUUAGAAACUGAAAACCAAGUCAAUGGUGCAUAUAGAGACUUGAGACAAUACCUCCCAAUACUUGCCAAAUUUUAUCUUUAA